UGGCACACACCUUUAAUCCCAGCACUUGGGAGGCAGAGGCAGGCAGAUUUCUAAGUUUGAGGCCAGCCUGGUCUACAAAGAGAGUUCCAGGACAGCCAGGGAUACACAGAGAAACCCUGUCUCAAAAAAACCGAAAAAAAAAAGCAGGAUACUACGGAUACUACUCAUGUACUGGGAUCUGUGAGGGUUGGCUCCAGCGCCUGGGAGGCAUGUAACAUAUCUUCUUGUGUUUCCUUUAUUUGGCUAAAAGGCUUUAAGCCGUAGCAAAAGAGGCAAGUUAGGGAAGCCCUUAUUCUGUCUGCCUGAAUACAGAUGACGGGUGUGAUGUCUUCCAUAGCCUAUGCUAGGCAGGCCUGGAAGAUGUUUUUGCAAUUUUUUUUUCUGUAUUACUGUAUUUUUUUCUUGAUGGACAAUCCAGGAUCCUUAUUUUUUUCUGCCAGCUGUCCUUUUAUUAAAAAGCAUGAAUCACGAACAAGUAGUCAUGAGAGGAAACUUUAUCUUCUGCCCACCCACUUGUGGAGAAGACCUGUGACAGUAACCAGUGCGGCAGGAAGGGGCAGAGGAAGAGUGGUGGGGGGUGGAACGCUAUCGCUGGGGAGCCCUGUGCCCAGAGGCUAACUGGCUCUGUUAGUGGAAUGGUCUCAUUUCUACCUCCAUGCCUGGCUUAGAAGACCCUGGCGCCUGCCAUGAAGGUACAGAAUACUGUCCCUGCCAGUGAAACUAAAACCUUUUGAAACUUUCCACUGGGGCCACCUUGGAGGUAGAGCCAGGGAGCUCAGAUCACUACCAGGCAGCCCUCAUUUCUAGGGGCAAGGCUUACAGGUGAGAAGGAAACACAGCAGGAAGUGGAGGUUAGCCUCAUGGUUGCUGACUGCUGAAAGGAUGGAGCUUCUGGGCUCACAGUUUUCCUACCUCUCCCUUCCCAAGCAGGUGGGAUGGACCAUAUAGACUGCGUCCAGCGCCAGGAUCUCACUAAAAAUGUCACCUUGCUCUUUGUGUGGAUUUGAGCCCUUUUUUUGUUUGUUUGUUUGUAUCUUGCUUAAUCUCUUAUUCAGUGAGAGAAACAGUAGCUGGCUUGGAAGUCCUGUUUCAGCCUCCUGGAGCUGAGGAGUCUUAGCUUUUAGCGAAUCCUGAGCUUGGAGUGGGGCUUGCCCUUAGUAGAUGAACAGGAGCCUGGUCAAGAGGAGUGUGCAUGGCUCCCUCCCUGGCCAGCUUCCAUAGGACACCCUCCCUGCCCACCCCUGGCAAUAGCUGGCCUGCCUCCUAUCUCUGAGGUCACAGCUUUGUUUCCUAAUGGAAAGGAGCUGGGAAACGUGGCUCUGGCCAGCGAGGGAGAAGGGGCCCUUCUGUGUCCCAGUAAAGACCCAAUUGUUACUGAAACCAAACUGGGCUGCCAUUCUCGAUUACUCCCAUUGCUCUUCUGCUCUUCACUUCUCAGGUGCCACGUUUUAGCCCAGAACAAAAGCUGCUGUCGGACUGAUUUAUACUCCAGAUUUUACUUAUGGGGUCUGAAGUGUUUUUUCCCCUCCGGGACUGCCCCCUGGGGCUCAAAGUUACCACAGAAACCUCCAGGCCUCCUUCCCUUCGUCCCUGUCCUUUGAUUCUGGUUAGGGGUGGUCUCCAGGUACCGCUGGGGCAGUUUCCCCGAGGUUUCUCAGUCCACCUGCCCACUGGAGGACCAGCUGGCUGGAAGGAUUUGCCAGCCAGCACCGUCCAGGAGGCCACAGCUACAAGUUACUUCUAGGAGCGCCUGUGGGCGGAGGCUGGCAGUUCUGAAGGUGGUGGUGGUUCGCUGCGUGGCUCCCUCCAGCCUCUUUCAUCUGAACCGUGGCGCGCUCGUGCCUCUAGUUAAUCAGCCUUCCAAGCCACACCAAGAGUCAUUUCCCGGGGGUAGGCUCUGCUGGAGCCUGGAAACUAGGAGCUGCCUGCAGUCUUGGGGUCUCCUCUGCCUGUGAGCUGCUCCUUCCAGUCCAAGGGUUAGGGCCAGAAAGGAGGACAACUUUGGAGUCAAAAGACUGACCACUGUGGUUAGCACCUGAGAGAACCUUCAGUUUCUUCUCUUGCUACGCCACCCCCUUCGGGUACAAGUCCCAAAAUGGUUUGCCAGUUUUCGUUCCCGUAACUGGAGCGUGGGGAAGCCCCUCAACCCUUCCAGAGAGCCCAUCCCGCCUCAGGACUUGAAGGCACACUUCACCAGGUGAGUGCAGUUCGUGCAGUUCCCGGUGGCAACGCCUGGAGUCCCUCCCCGCCCCCCACCCCGCCCCCUCCCCGCCUCCGGCCGCUGUGGCGCAGACCUUGACUCACGAGCUGCAAGAGUCGUAAAGGGUCCCCAAGCCUCAGUGCCGGGUAAGCAAGGCAGCGGGUCGCAGCCCCCUCCUGGGCGGGCCUUCGCGUCCCGCCCCCGGCCACCACUCGACACCCUCUGCCUGACGUCAAGGGGUUGGGGGCGGAGAGCGGCGGUGGCGGCGGCUGCAGCGGAGAAAGAACCGGCGCCCGGCGCGGUGGAGCGCCGAAUCCGAGCUCAGGGGCGCCGAGAGCCGUGCUGAGACCGAGGGGCGGUGGCACGGGACAGCCUUAGCGUGCUGGCGGGCGGGCGCAGUCUGGAGCGGCGCGGGGGCAGGGGAGGACGGUGGCCGGAGUCAAACGCGAGGGCAGCGCCCAGGGAUUGGAGCUGCACGAAAGAGCAGGGCUGCUGGACUGAAGUUUAGACCCUGGGUGUCUGCCAUGGCCCCACACUGGGCUGUCUGGCUGCUGGCAGCAGGGCUGUGGGGCCUGGGCAUCGGGGCUGAGAUGUGGUGGAACCUUGUGCCCCGGAAGACAGUAUCUUCUGGGGAGCUGGUCACAGUAGUGAGGCGGUUCUCCCAGACAGGCAUCCAGGACUUCCUGACACUGACCCUGACAGAACAUUCUGGCCUUUUAUAUGUGGGGGCCCGAGAGGCGCUGUUUGCCUUCAGUGUAGAGGCUCUGGAGCUGCAAGGAGCGAUCUCUUGGGAGGCUCCAGCUGAGAAGAAAAUUGAAUGUACCCAGAAAGGGAAGAGCAACCAGACCGAAUGCUUCAACUUCAUCCGCUUCCUUCAGCCAUACAAUUCCUCCCAUCUGUAUGUCUGCGGCACCUAUGCCUUCCAGCCCAAGUGCACCUACAUCAACAUGCUCACGUUCACCUUGGACCGUGCAGAAUUUGAGGAUGGGAAGGGUAAAUGCCCAUAUGACCCAGCUAAGGGUCACACCGGACUCCUUGUGGACGGUGAGCUGUACUCAGCCACACUCAAUAACUUCCUGGGCACAGAGCCGGUUAUCCUUCGAUACAUGGGGACCCACCACUCCAUCAAGACAGAGUACCUGGCUUUUUGGCUGAAUGAACCCCACUUUGUAGGCUCUGCCUUUGUCCCUGAGAGUGUGGGAAGCUUCACGGGAGACGAUGACAAGAUCUACUUCUUCUUCAGUGAGCGGGCAGUGGAGUAUGACUGCUAUUCCGAGCAGGUGGUGGCUCGUGUGGCGAGAGUCUGUAAGGGUGACAUGGGGGGAGCACGGACGCUGCAGAAGAAAUGGACGACGUUCCUGAAGGCUCGGUUGGUGUGCUCAGCCCCUGACUGGAAGGUCUACUUCAACCAGCUGAAGGCGGUGCACACCCUGCGGGGCGCCUCUUGGCACAACACCACCUUCUUCGGGGUUUUUCAAGCGCGAUGGGGCGAUAUGGACCUGUCUGCAGUUUGUGAGUACCAGUUGGAACAGAUCCAGCAAGUGUUUGAGGGUCCCUACAAGGAGUACAGUGAGCAAGCCCAGAAGUGGGCCCGCUAUACUGACCCGGUACCCAGCCCUCGGCCUGGUUCGUGUAUCAACAACUGGCACCGAGACAAUGGCUACACCAGUUCCCUGGAACUGCCGGACAACACCCUCAACUUCAUCAAGAAGCACCCCCUGAUGGAGGACCAGGUGAAGCCUCGGUUGGGCCGCCCCCUACUUGUGAAGAAGAACACUAACUUCACACACGUGGUGGCCGACAGGGUCCCAGGGCUUGAUGGUGCCACCUAUACAGUGUUGUUCAUUGGUACAGGAGAUGGCUGGCUGCUGAAGGCUGUGAGCCUGGGGCCCUGGAUCCACAUGGUGGAGGAACUGCAGGUGUUUGACCAGGAGCCAGUGGAAAGUCUGGUGCUGUCUCAGAGCAAGAAGGUGCUCUUUGCUGGCUCCCGCUCUCAGCUGGUUCAGCUGUCUCUGGCCGACUGCACAAAGUACCGUUUCUGUGUAGACUGUGUCCUGGCCAGGGACCCUUACUGUGCCUGGAAUGUCAACACCAGCCGCUGUGUGGCCACCACCAGUGGUCGCUCGGGGUCCUUUCUGGUCCAACAUGUGGCGAACUUGGACACUUCAAAGAUGUGUAACCAGUAUGGCAUUAAAAAAGUCAGAUCUAUUCCCAAGAACAUCACCGUUGUGUCAGGCACAGACCUGGUCCUACCCUGCCACCUCUCGUCCAAUUUGGCCCAUGCCCACUGGACCUUCGGAAGCCAGGACCUGCCUGCAGAACAACCUGGCUCCUUUCUUUAUGACACGGGACUCCAGGCGCUGGUGGUGAUGGCCGCACAGUCCCGUCACUCUGGACCCUAUCGUUGCUAUUCAGAGGAGCAGGGGACAAGACUGGCUGCAGAAAGCUACCUUGUUGCUGUCGUGGCCGGCUCGUCGGUGACACUGGAGGCACGGGCUCCCUUGGAAAACCUGGGGCUCGUGUGGCUCGCUGUGGUGGCCCUGGGGGCUGUGUGCCUGGUGCUGCUGCUGCUGGUCCUAUCGCUCCGCCGGCGACUUCGAGAAGAGCUAGAAAAGGGUGCCAAGGCAUCUGAGAGGACACUGGUGUACCCCUUGGAACUGCCCAAGGAGCCUGCCAGUCCCCCCUUCCGUCCUGGCCCCGAAACUGAUGAGAAACUUUGGGAUCCUGUCGGGUACUACUAUUCGGAUGGCUCUCUCAAGAUUGUGCCUGGUCACGCCCGGUGCCAGCCUGGGGGUGGGCCCCCUUCCCCACCUCCUGGCAUACCUGGCCAGCCUCUGCCUUCUCCAACUCGGCUCCACCUAGGAGGUGGUCGGAACUCAAAUGCCAAUGGUUAUGUGCGUUUACAGUUGGGCGGAGAGGACCGAGGAGGAUCUGGGCACCCACUGCCUGAGCUCGCGGAUGAAUUACGACGGAAACUACAACAGCGCCAGCCGCUGCCUGACUCCAACCCAGAGGAGUCUUCAGUAUGAGGGGACCCCCCCACCUCAUUGGCGGGGGGGGGUCUCAUGGGAGGUGCACUCUUAACUUUUGCACAGGCACCAGCUACCUCAGGGACAUGGCAGGGGCACUUGCUCUGCCUGGGACAGACACUGCCCAGCAUUUGCCCGGCCGUGAGGACCUGCUCAGCAUGGGCACUGCCACUUGGUGUGGCUCACCAGGACUUCAGCCUCACAGGAGACACACCCUCCUCUGUGAAUUUGAGACAUGUGGGACCCCAGCAGCCAAAACUUUGCAAGGAAGAGGUUUCAAGAUGUGGGCGUGUUUGUGCAUAUAUGUGUUGGUAUGCAUGUGGAAGAAUGUGUGUGUGUGUGUGUGUGUGUUGUAACUUUCCUGUCUCUAUCACGUCUUCCCUUGGCCUGGGGUCCUCCUGGUUGAGUCUUUGGAGCUAUGAAGGGGAAGGGGGUCAUAGCACUUUGCUUCUCCUACCCCCAGCUGUCCCAAGCUUUGGGGCAGUGAUGUACAUACGGGGAAGGGAAGGACAGGGUGUUGUACCCCUUUUGGGGGAGUGCGGGACUCGGGGGUGGGCCUAGCCCUGCUCCUAGGGCUGUGAAUGUUUUCAGGGCGGGGGUUGGGGGUGGAGAUGGAACCUCCUGCUUCAGGGGGAGGGGUGGGCAGGGCCUCCCACUUGCCCUCCGGGUUCGGUGGUAUUUUAUAUUUGCGCUCUUCUGACAGGGCUGGGAAGGGUUGUUGGGGGAGGGAAGGGAGGAGGUGGGCAUGCUAUGGAUACUGGCCUAUCCUCUCCCUGCUCUGGGAAAAGGGCUAACAGUGUAACUUAUUGUGUCCCCACAUAUUUAUUUGUUGUAAAUAUUUGAGUAUUUUUAUAUUGACAAAUAAAAUGGAGAAAAUGAAAUUUAA